AUGAACAAGAUCCGAAAGUUUUUCCGAGGAAGUGGGAGAGUCCUGGCAUUUAUAUUUGCAGCUUCUGUCAUCUGGCUGCUCUUUGACAUGGCAGCUCUCCGCCUCUCAUUCAGCGAGAUCAACACUCAGAUCCUGAAGGAAGACAUUGUUCGGAGGGAGCGGGUAGGGUUCAGAGUUCAGUCAGACCAGGUAAAGAGCCUUGACAGCAGCAGGACAGAGAUGAAGCCCCCACCAAAGGGACACGGGAAGGGCAUGUGGGGCAAAGAGAAUUUUAGGAAGACUGAGGAGAGUAAGCUCAAGGUCGAGGAUGAUUUGGACCAAACCCAGAAGGAAAGAAAAGUACAGAACGCCCCGGGAAGAGGCAAGGUUGCACCUUUGUGGCAUCCUGCAUAUAGGCAGACUCACCCAGUGACUUUUACCAAGUGGGAGACAGAGGGGCGAGACAUCCGACCUGCAGUUUCCUCUCACCCCAUGACACCAGAGCAAACGACAGCUCAGGGGCUUGAGAAAACUCCACUCAUCGCAGCAAGGGGAACUCCACUGGCCAAAAUAUCUGUGCACACAGGACCUGUCAGUAUGAACAAGCAGGGCCCGAAGAGCCAUGGUCUCAACAGUGACACAUCAAAGCAAGCAGCUGAGAGGUACCCGGAUGUGACCACCAGUCUUAGUAGAUCAAAGCAGCAGUACCAGGCAGGGGUAAAUAAAAGGACCUACUCUGCCAGCCCACCAGUGCCAAGACCCAGGGAAGCCAUAGCCUUAAAUAAAACUGAGACUCAGAGCAAAGAACUGAAUGCAAAUAAACACAAAGCCAAUAAGAACCUUACCUUUUCCAAGUUCAUUGCCAAUGCAGAUCGCUUAAAGAAGCCAUCUAUUAAUAAGAUACAGUGGGGAGGCUUGCUGAAGGAUGACGGAGGCAAGGUGGCUGAUGGGAAGAAACUCAGUUUGUCCGAAAGCCAUGUUGUAAUUAUAACCAAGGAGGAGGAGCUAAAGACAGACACCAAAGACGUCCCCAAUUCCAACACCACAACUACAUCUACUAUAGUAUCGGGCAAAAGCCAAGAGAAACACAUUGGCAUGAAGAGCAAUGAGGCAUCUUUCUCUUCACUUGCUCUACAGAGAGCAGCAGUAUCUCAAACCAGUCAAGCCUUAACUCGGGGACAGGAGCUAGGAAGGACCAACUUAACUGCCAAGACCCGGCCUGCACGACUCAACCAAAGUCAGACAAAAGCCCUUUCACCUGAAGAUGACGGAAUGCACCGUGUGUUAAGAAUUGAUGUGACGCUUUCUCCAAGGGACCCCAAAGCUCCAGGUCAGUUUGGACGUCCAGUCGUUGUUCCCCACGGAAAAGAGAAGGAGGUGGAAAGAAGAUGGAAAGAAGGAAACUUCAAUGUCUACCUCAGUGAUUUGAUCCCAGUGGACAGAGCCAUUGAAGACACGAGACCUGCUGGGUGUGCAGAGCAACUUGUUCACAAUAACCUCCCAACCACCAGCGUCAUCAUGUGCUUUGUGGACGAGGUGUGGUCCACUCUCCUGAGGUCUGUGCAUAGCGUUCUCAACCGCUCUCCUCCCCACCUCAUCAAGGAGAUUCUACUAGUGGAUGACUUCAGCACCAAAGACUACCUAAAAGAUAACUUGGAUAAAUACAUGUCUCAGUUUCCAAAAGUUCGGAUUCUUCGCCUCAAAGAGAGACAUGGCUUAAUAAGAGCCAGGCUGGCAGGGGCACAAAAGGCAACAGGUGAUGUGUUGACAUUCUUAGAUUCUCACGUGGAAUGUAACAUUGGCUGGUUGGAACCUCUCCUGGAAAGAGUUUACUUAAGCAGAAAAAAAGUAGCCUGUCCAGUAAUUGAAGUCAUCAAUGAUAAGGAUAUGAGUUACAUGACAGUGGACAACUUUCAAAGAGGCAUAUUUGUGUGGCCAAUGAACUUUGGUUGGAGAACAAUUCCUCCAGACGUUGUUGCAAAAAACAAAAUUAAAGAAACUGAUAUAAUAAGAUGUCCCGUCAUGGCAGGUGGAUUAUUUUCUAUUGAUAAAAAUUACUUUUUUGAACUUGGAACAUAUGAUCCUGGGCUCGAUGUUUGGGGUGGAGAAAAUAUGGAGCUCUCUUUCAAGGUGUGGAUGUGUGGUGGUGAAAUUGAGAUCAUUCCCUGUUCCCGAGUGGGACACAUAUUCCGAAACGACAAUCCCUACUCCUUCCCCAAAGACCGGAUGAAGACGGUGGAGCGGAACUUGGGGCGGGUGGCUGAGGUCUGGCUCGAUGAGUACAAGGAGCUCUUCUACGGCCACGGGGAUCACCUCAUAGACCAAGGGUUAGACGUCGGAAACCUUACCCAGCAGCGGGAACUUCGAAAGAAGCUAAAAUGCAAAAGCUUCAAGUGGUACUUGGAGAAUGUUUUUCCAGACUUGAAGGCUCCCAUUGUGAGGGCGAGUGGUGUGCUUAUUAAUGUGGCCUUGGGUAAAUGCAUUUCCAUCAGAAACACCACAGCCAUUCUGGAAGACUGUGAUGGGAGCAGCAAGCUUCAACAAUUUAAUUACACCUGGUUAAGGCUUAUUAAACACAGAGCGUGGUGCUUAGCUCCUGUGCCUGAUAACGGGGCCCUGAGGCUGCACCUUUGUGAUAACAGAAACAAAGGGCUAAGAUGGCUGCAUAAAUCAACAUCAGUGGUCCGUCCAGAACUGGUGAAUCACAUUGUUUUCGGAAACCAUCAUCAGUUGUUAUGCUUGGAAGGAAGUUUUACUCAGAAGACCCUGAAAGCUGCUCCUUGUGACCCAGCAAAGCCAAAUCAAAAGUGGAAAUUUGAAAACUAUUAUGAAGACUGA